CGCUCCCAUUAUUUCACCUUCCAACAGUCGCUUUCUGACUUUCACGUUCAUUCAUUAUCUUCACCUUUCCACCUUUCCAUCUUUCGCGGUCAGGUUACUGUCCAGUGCAGGCACUCUCUACCUAUCAUGGUUUUGUUGUUUUGAUUCUCUCACCCUUGUUUCUUACGUCCUGUCUCUCCUUGUAGCCUAGUCCUUUCCUCCUUGAUCUACUGUACCUUACGCGUCACGACCAACCAUGCCAAAGUCAAGAACUGCGACAGCUCGAGAGCGAGAAUUAUACAGGUAUUAUCAGCCAGCCCAGGAGUCAGGCACAGCCGAUGCCCAAAGCCCCACCGUUCCUCAAUCCUCCAGCGAUCCAUGCUUAACUGCCUUUGCCCAGCUUGGGGCCUUGCGAUUGAAUGCAAAGCGUGGUCUCAUCACACUGUCUUCCAUAAGUGCCGAGUACAUUCUCGCUGAAGCGGGACAGUCGCUUUCUCUACAAAAGGAUGAUGACCAUAAGGAUCGACUUUGGCACGGUGUCGGGGUGCUAAAAGAUAACUCGGGCUUAGGUCCUGAUCUGGUGAAAUUAUUUUGCACUCCCGAGGCUGAUGUUCCAUUCGUGGUAAUAAAUGACCUUACGAAGCAUGAGACCUUCAAACACAAAUCUGUGGUAGCCGGGCCACCCUACGUGCGAUCUCUUGCCUGUGUACCCCUCAUCUCGCCAUUGCACUCUAUGGUGAUCGGAACCUACAUUGUAGUCGAUGAUAAGCCACGGGAUGGUUUGAACGAAGACGAGAUUACGUAUCUAAUCGAUAUGGCGACAACAGUCAUGGAUUACCUCGAAUCUGGACGCAUCAAAAAGAAGGAAUUUCGGGCGGAACGGAUGGUAAAGGCGAUCGGACUCUUUAUUGAGGGGAAGGAGACUUUAAGGGAUUGGUGGUUGGAGGCGGGUUUCAAGUCUCACAGAUCUACUGUUACGAAGCGCGCGCGGGACGAUGUUGGCGAGCUCAAAGAAGUCGCAGAUGCUGUUUUUGGAGUACAAGAUCCUCCGGCGGAGGAGAUUUCGGUGAAUGGUAUGAGUGGCCUUCCAGACCGAUCCGACUUUUGUCCAGCCACGCCUUCUACGGAGACACCCUCGCAUCUAGAUCUUGGAGACGGUAGACCCGCCGCAUCUCGAGGAGAUAGCCUUUUCUCUUCUUCGGACACUACAGUGCCAUCUACAAUCCUUUCUCAACCCCGGGAACGUGCUAUCUCAAUGACUACUUAUGAGGUAGAUGGCGUAACCCCUACUUCCGAAACUAAAGGUCAUUCGGUUGCUUUUGAACUACCCCCUGAAUCUGAGCGACCCGAGAUUUCUAAAGAACUUCAAGAAGCUGUGCUAUCAAAUGAAGUGAAGAGAGUUUUUUCUCGAGCAGGUAAUCUCAUUCGGGAAGCGGUCGGCGUGUCUGGUGUGGUGUACUUUGAUGCCAGUGUUGGGUCUUUUGGCGGAGGAUCCGAGACGGACGCUCUUGAAGAAAAGGCCCCACAGGGCUCCCUGAUUGACGCAGCGAUAUUGAAUGGGGAAGAUGAUGUUGGACUCAGAUCGUCUGACACAGAUGCUUCCAUGUAUGGCACUCCGCCAGAAUCGCCUGUCCGGCCGCCUGAAAAAACAUGCAAUAUAUUAGGCUACAGUACACGGAAACGUUCGAGCCUCCGUGGUCACUCCCCGUCUAGUGAGCUUUGCGGAUUUCCCGAAGCUGUCCUGAGAAAGCUUCUCAAACGCUACCCUCACGGAAUGGUUUUCUAUUUUGAUGAAGAUGGGUCGUACUUGUCCGCAGAUUCAGACGAAAUUUCGGGGACAAAAGAAAAACGUCGUUCCCUGUCACCCCAUCGUUCCAAUUCCUUGGACUCCAGAUCGCGCCGGAAACGAAUCUCUAGGGAAGCAGAAGCGGCGGCUAUUUUGAAAGCAUUGCCUGGAGCGCGUAGUGUCUUCUGGUUUCCUCUGUGGGACCAGAGCAGAGAACGGUGGUUUGCGGGUUCGUUAGUAUGGUCUACCUCUCCCACCCGAGUCCUCUCCACUUUUGAGGAUUUGGCAUAUAUGGCAGCUUUUGGCAAUUCUACGAUGACAGAGGUGACACGACUCUUUGCUCAAAGGAUUAGCCAUAUGAAGUCGGACUUCAUUUCGAGCAUCUCGCAUGAGCUUAGGUCACCUCUUCAUGGUAUCUUGGCAAGCGUGGAAUUCUUGCAGGAAACCCCUAUGAGCGAAAUCCAAACGGAUAUGGUCGGAAAUAUCCAGGCUUCUGGCAAGGUCCUCCUGGAUACGAUAGAUCACGUUUUAGAUUUCUCGAAGGUGAACAUGAAACCGAAGGACCUAAAGCAAAGGACAAAACGACCUGGAAAGCGACCAAGGAAACCUCGCGAAGAAGCAAAAGGAUUGGAUGGCGCAGAAAUUGAGGAAGUCGCAGAUGUGUGUGUGCUGUCCGAAGAAGUCAUUGAAAGCAUCUACAUCGGCCACCAGAUCACCAAGCUUGCUUCCAGUGGCGGUGUAGUGCUUGGGAACCAGCCACCCUCAGCGUCAGAUGAACCCCCUGUCACAGUCAUCGUGGACAUAGCAUGGAGCCCGAACUGGACGUUUGAAGUUGAUCCUGGUGCAUGGAGAAGGGUUUUGAUGAAUAUAUUCAACAAUGCCAUGAAGUAUACGAACUCUGGAUACGUGAAAGUAUCUUUGAAGAUUACGGAUGAUCCACAGUAUCGGGGCAAAGGUACUAGACCUAUUCUUUCACUGUCAGUGCAAGACUCUGGGAAGGGAAUGUCUAAGGAGUUUCUGAACCAUCAUGUCUAUAAACCUUUCGCUCAGGAAGAUGAGUUAGCCGAGGGAGCAGGUCUUGGGCUUAGUAUUGUGCGCCGGAUCGUUCAUGAUCUUAAGGGGAAAAUAAAAAUUUCUAGUGAGCAGGGCUCAGGAACGGAUGUCACCAUUCGAAUACCUUUGAUGUGUGCAACGCCACUAUCUAAGGAUGUCCAUGGUGACUUGAUCAGUGAGGUGAAGAAGGAGACGACGGGGCUCAAAUUCUGUCUGCAAGGUUUUGACAGGUACCCAAGUAUUGCGGAAACACCAACAGGCAUCCUCUCUGCCGAUUUGGAGGCCGCGAUGCUUCUUAAGUCGUCCUUGAAAACGUUAUUGACUGAUUGGUUUGGAAUGGAAAGCGUAACCCCUUUGGCGUUGGGAGACUCGAAUGUUGAUGUGGUAAUAUUGAUGGAAUCUGGAAUCACAUCCCUGGAGGACACUUUGAAGUCUUAUAGCGAUGCCCGACCGGCAACGUCGAAGAACUUGAUUGCUAUAGUACUCUGUAGCGCACAUCAUUCAGAUUCAACUACUGUCUCAUAUGGAUCCACCCGGGCAUUCUAUCUCCAGCAACCUUACGGGCCUCACAAGAUUGCAAAGAUAUUGCAAAAUGCAUUAUCUCACAGGGCUGCCAAUAUCCCCGACGCCGAGAACCGGGCAAAGCUCGAGGACAGCCGGUCUGAAGCCAUAAAUGAUCUCAAACCCAAAUUUAAACAUCCACUCCGACGAACUACCACGAAUACCUCGGCUACUCAUGAUUGGGCAACGGCGAAGAGCAAUCCUGAACCUCCACGGGCAGCUGAACCUCCAAUCAAGCCAUCGGAAGAGUUGGAGAUAGACAGCAAACCCUCAAACGAAUCAGCAAACAUCGGAGCAGAAAACAUGCGGGUCCUCCUCGUGGAAGACAAUGAGAUCAAUCUCAACCUCCUGGUUGCUUACAUGCGAAAGCUCAAGCUUGACCAUGCCACUGCCUGCAACGGUUUGGAAGCGCUUGACGUAUAUAAAAGAGCCCGAGGCGGUUUCGAUGCCAUUUUCAUGGAUAUUUCCAUGCCGGUGAUGUCUGGCACCGAGAGCACACGCCAUAUUCGUCGGUUUGAGCGAGAAGAAGGGCUUCACCCCGUCGCACUCAUAGCCCUCACGGGAGCCGCCAAUCCCAAUACGAGACAGGAGGCUUUCAGUAGCGGAGUUGAUCUAUUUCUCACGAAGCCAGUACCGAUGAAAUCAUUGAAAGUAAUGCUGGAUAACCUGAAGACGAACGGAAGGAAGGGGUUGAUGGACGGAGAUGUUCCGUCAAUCUAUGCUGGUGCAUAUGGACCAAAGUCACAGAUAUACCAUAAGAUAUGACAAUAAGUCUUAGCUUUCAGGGGGUGGAUAUAAGGGAACUAAUCGUCAUGAUUUUCCUGUUGAUUCGGCUCUGUUUUUCUAAGCUACGGGUUAUACGGUCUUUUGUGGCAUGUUGUACUGGAUGCUAUGAGGUUUCAAGGUAGAAGCGGCUGCCAAGGCAGCAGUGGUGUUAAUGUGACAGAGAGAAGGUUUGGUGUGAAUCUCACUGUGGUGCAGAGUGGUUGAUAACUCUGAAGUUGGUCACCGGAACAACAAUAUACGAACAGGCAGAGGAGGAUGGGUGUCUAUACUCAUAUGUAGUGGAAGAAACAAAAGACAUAAAACCCAC